AUGUCAGCAGAUCUAUCGGAGUCAUUCUACGGCUAUCCGCUUCCAGAAAACCUUCUUGAUUACAGAUCCUCGGAAUCCAGAACUCGUCUCUGUCGUACUCUGCAAACUGGUUAUGCUGUUCCGUUUCUAACUCUUUCAUCGUGCUAUAAUACUCAAUCACAACUGACGUACUGUGGGCUCGAUACGUUAGCCAUUAUUUUGAACUCCUUGCAGAUAGAUCCUCGACGUCGGUGGAAAACAAUAACAGGAUGGUAUACAGAUGAACUGUUAGACAGGUGUGUUUAUAAAGACGGUCUGAAAGAGCCUGGAACUACUUUAGAAGAGUUUGUUUACUUGGCAGAAUGUAGUGGGGCUCUCGCAACUCUCGUGAGACCAGACGACUCGUUAGUACAAUUCGAGAAAUUUGUUCAAAGCCUUGAGAGAGUGUGCACUGGAGGCGAACAGCCCAGCGAUCAGAAUUGCAACGACGAAAUUCCAAAAGAGUUAAUGGCGAUAUCAUAUUCGAGGGAGGCUGUCGGACAAUUCGGAGGUGGUCACUAUAGUCCCGUUGCUGCACUGGACAGAGAAACAAACUCUGUAUUGAUGCUAGAUACAGCAAGAUACAAGUAUCCGCCACAUUGGAUUCCCGUUGAGCUGAUAUUUCAAGCGAUGUUGCCAAUAGACAUUGUUACAGGCAAGAGUCGAGGGUACAUUGUCUUAGAGGCUCAAGAAGAAUAG